AUGCUUGCUUUGAUUUUUCAGCACGUCACCUAUACCAGAAUUAAACAAGCUAUUUUUUCGUUGUGGAUCGUCGUUCUGUUACUUGUUUGUUUGCCCUUUCUGGGUUUUGGAGUCUAUUACGACAGUGACGCUUCAGAUAAAAGAUUCAUGUGUAUCCGCUACCGCUUCGCUACAAAAUCAAAGGACAAAGUUUAUGCCUAUCUUAUGUUUGUGUUCGGGCUCCUACUCUGCCUUGUAAUCGUGUACUGCAACCUUGCCGUAGUACGGGUCCUCUGUAGAAUGGGAAAGAAAUGCAUGGCUCGAAUGGGAAGGACAACCAUACGAAAAGACAGCAGAGAACUUUCCUACAACCAUACCACCCCCGAGGAGAUUUCGUUUGCUAAAUUUAUGGUAGUCCUGUGUGUUUUCUUUGUAGUCUGUUGGGUCCCACAACUGAUAACAAUCCCGUUGGCCCAGAUAAAUCCCAUUAUUCAAGAUCGAAAAUUUUUUAGACUUGCUGAUAUUGGAAUAGCAUUAAACUUUACUCUCGACCCCAUCGUGUACGUUCUGUCCAGAAAACCUCACAGAAAGGGCCUCCGAACAUUACUGAAGCCUCUGUGCAAGUUUUGUUGGCCUCAGAGCGAUCGGUCAUCUUCUGAAGUGUCGGCUGCACCCUACAAGCCUAUCUUCGAGUCUUGUACUCCAGGACCCCAGCAAGAUCUUCCGGGAACAGAAUCAGAACAACAGAUUGGUCAAGGUUUAAAUUCUCAUGAUGUACUGCCCCAAAAUUCACAAUCCUCCUCAAUCCAGCACUUCCACUGCCAAUGUUCCGCAUCUUCUGAUGAGGGGAUGGAUGUUAACGUGACAAGAUGUCGAUCCGGUCUUCAAGACCACAUCAUCCUUGAAAUUAGGAUACGUGCCACAUCCUGGGGUUCAGCAACUCCAUCAGUCUAUUUUCACAAGAACAAAUGUCCAAUCCACUCAUGGGAAACCGAUACAGAGAAAGGUGUACACACUAAAGAGGGAGCAACGCCAAUAUCCUCAAGUUUUCCGAGAGCAUUUGACUUUUGUCAUGCAGAAAAUGAAAAAGUGUCCGACGGCCCCGGGGAAAUACUCGUCCCAUACAUCUCUAUAGAAAAUAGCCCCCUACACAGGUGUGGUACUCAUGGAAAGGCCUCGCUGGGUAUUGCGGAGAAAAUACUUGUUCCAGACAUCUGUACAGAGAAUAACUCCACACACAAAUGCAGUCCUCAUGGAAACGUCUCUUUAGGUGGAGAUCAUCUUUCUGCGUGCUCUCCGCAGGGCAUUUUUUCUGAUGUUCGUUUAAAGGUUGUAGAGAACACCUGGCCUAGUCAUGAAAAUCAAAAUGAAAGAACCACUGCUGACAGAUGUUCGCAUCCACAUGAAGGAGGAUUACCAGUACCUUCACUACCACUUCCACCUCCUCCCAGAGGGCGUUCUUAUAGUACGGGUAUGCGUCCUUACAGGCGAAACCUUGAACUGUAUACUUUAAGUCGACCUGCUGAAGUAUGAGUCCAUGACUGAUAGAAAUCCUUGUAUAUAUAAUGUGCUCCUACCUCCAGAAAAUGUAUAUAAUCAAGAAGAAGAGCAGUGAACUUUGAACAGAUAAUAAUAAAACACCUGUAUAUUUGGA